GUUGCUUUGCCUUUCUUGCUGCUUCAGGUUGUUCUCGCAUGUUUGCUGUUCAGAUGUUUCGAUAGUAUGGCGUUCUUGAUGGACGUGGCAUCGCAAAAGCUCUUCUACAUUUUCUUCUUCAUUUUCGUUCUCUUCUGGCAAUCAAAAAUUGUCAGGGCAGACCCAAGUUUUGAGCUGAAUCCGAUAAACAACCUCUGCGCGAGAUGGUUUGCCCAAUCGGUCAUCAAAAACGAGGUCCUUUUCAUCGACGGCGGCAUCCAAAAGUACAACGGAACCGAUCAACCGACACCAGUUUGGGGAAUCAAUAAUUACAUCAUAACAAUACCACUGAACUUCACAUGGGACUGGAAAAAGAACAUCAUCAUCAAUGGAAUGCCAAAGAAUGAAUCGAAUCCGAGCACGGGGACGAUUCCUCCAAGCCUAAUCCGCGGGCACAUGUUCCAUGGCCCAGACAAUACGUCCGAUGUCUAUGUCUUUGGGGGAACGACAUAUAUGGGCAAUCAAUCAUUCCAAGGAUACUCUCGUCCAGAUUCUUCAACUUACCCCUUAUGGACUUACCUCUACAAUGCCUCGAAUUACCCCUGGAUGCAGUAUGAUAUUUCUCAACCAUGGAUGGUAAAUCAUGGUGCUGCAACCGAGGCCAUUGAUCAGGGGCUGGGAUUCUAUCUCAAUGGGCAAAUCGACUGGGGAACAUCAACUAAAACUCUAGGCAUUGGUAAUACGAACCUUUACACCCCGGUUGACGGAAUGUUGAUCAUUGAUUUGGUCACACAAACCUCGGCCAACAUUACCACGCCCGGAAUCCGAGGCAACAAUGCCAGGGUCGGCGGAGGAUUAGAAUACAUCGCGCCCGUAGGAGGAGAAGGGAUUCUCGUUGCAAUUGGGGGACAAAUUAAUCGAGAUAGGCCAGUUGCAGAUGCCACUAAGGGAGAACUGCUUGACUUGCAGACAGUGGACAUUUUUGACAUCGACUCUUAUCUCUCGAAUUCAUCUACCAAUGGCACCUGGUACCGGCAAAAUACCACAGGAGACAUACCAGAGCCCCGAAUCGAUUUCUGUACUGUUGUCAUAUCCGCACCAGAUAAUUCUAGUCACAACAUCUAUCUUUACGGUGGUCAUAAUCCGAUCGGAAACGAUACCGCUUUCGACGAUGUCUAUGUCCUCUCAAUCCCCUCUUUUACUUGGACGGCCGUUUUCACUAACGGUGGAACACCGAGAUGGGGCCACAACUGCCACAUUGCCAACAAACGACAAAUGAUCACGGUUGGGGGAAACGUCACGAAUUUAAAGUGCGACUGGGAAAGGAAAGGCGUUGCAUUUCUCGAUAUGACGUCCAUUACAUGGGGAAGCGUAUUCCUCACAAACGCGACCUCCUAUGGAGUACCACAGAAAGUCGUUGCCAAAGUGGGAGGCACAUUGAAUGGAAAUGCGACGAGCAAAGAACCAGUCACUGGUUGGAACGAUCGGGGCUUGAAAAAAGUCUUCGAUACACCACGAAGAGCCCCUGGGACUAAAGCAUCACCAUCAGCGUCAUCGACCCCUAGGCUUACAGAACAAAAGCCAAGUCACACAGGCCCCAUCGCUGGUGGUGUCGUCGGCGGCGUUGCAGGUCUCGCUCUCAUCGCCGGCACCCUAUUCUUCUGGCGUCGCAGACGUACUAAAGCGAAUGCACCCGCCGAACUACCGAAUGACGAAGUCACCUACCCACGAGGUGAACUACCUACAGAGAGCAAAGAGAAAGCCGAACUUCAAGGCGUAAAUGAGGAUGAGCCUGUCGAACUCCCUGGCCCUCACCCAGCUGAGCUAAACGCACCCCGGGAGUUCGUUGAAGCGCCACAGGACACAGCAACAAAUGCGGCAGAAUUGCCUGCCACAAAUACUGUCCCAGGAGGCAAACAUGGUGUGCCGAUUGUGCGCACGCCAGGUGACGAUCUUCCUUCUCCGCCGCUAUCAGAGUCCACAAGUCCUCCGCUUGAGGAGGCAUCGAAACUACGGCCUUCCAACUCCUCUUGACGAAUAUUACGAACCUAACACCAAGCUUUGGUUUCACUCAUCUCACCUCAGAAGGCCAAUGGGUAGCGCCGGUAUGAAAACUCUACAUCGCACCUCUUCAGGAAUCAGCACACAUGUAGGGCUCCACGUCGCCACAACCCGUAUCCCAACUUACCGGAACUUUCAUUUAUUCCCACUGCCUUAGGUGGUCUGUGACAAAUGUUUUCUAAAAAAGGAAUGUGCAUUUCAUCAUUAAUGAUCGGUGGUCGGUAGGAAGCGCCAGCAAGUUUCGCCAGCGUAGCGGAAAUAGGGGGUAAUUGGGAAAAGAUCUCCGUUUGCU